AUGCCGCCUGCGGCGGCAGCAGCGGCGGGUGUACCCUCGAUGAUGGCGCCCGCGCCGGCGGCGGCACGGGAAACCACUUCCGGCAGCGAUUCUCAUCGGGGCCCAGGAGCUGUGCUAUUGCGACUACACGAUCGUCAGGUCACCGAGAGGGAAGUUGGCCGACGGCGACGGCGACGGCGUCGGCGGGCCCCGGGUUGGCGCCGUCGGGGUCAGGUGCAGCAGCUCCGAAGUCGCAAAGCGAUCGGGCGGAGACGCCGGCGGCGGCACCGGCGGCCCCCGGGACAGGUGGCGGCGUCUGCGGUGGGGUAGCGGCAUCGCCGUCUGCCGUACUCGACUCGUACGACGUUACGGAGCUGUUACUAGGUCGUGACGUCCUGGUGGACGUCGACGAUCCGUCGUCGUACCUUGGACAUGGCACUUCGGGUGUCGUACGGCGAGGCCUGCUGCGUCAGCCGGACGGCUCCUGGCGACCCGUGGCGGUUAAGCUCCUUAACCAACCUAACGACCAGGCGGUUGACGCCUACCGGCGGCACCACAAAACGCUGCUCCAGGAGAUCACCAUUCUGGGGUCGUUACGACAUCCAAAUAUCCCGGGGACAUCCUUCCUGGUGGAGGAGCUGUGCGGGCGGGCGCUCAGCCAUGCCAUCUACGACGCCUCCACGCCGUACAGUUUACGGCAGGUCCUCCGCUGGUGUUGCGACAUUGCUCGUGGCCUCGCGUACCUUCACCCCAACAUCAUGCACCGGGACCUCAAGCCGUCGAAUGUGUUGUUGGAUCAGUACGGCACCGCGAAGAUUUCGGAUUUCGGAUUGGCGCGAUUCAAGAUUCAUACGACGCUCGUGACCCGGGAUGCAGAAGUGGGAACGACAUGUUACAUGUCGCCGGAGUGCUUCGUGAGUAACGACUUCAAGGUCACGGCCGCAUGUGACGUGUACAGCCUUGGCGUCAUGAUUAACGAGAUGGUGACCCGCCAACACCCCUGGAGCGGUGUUCGUACAGCCGUGGUGGGUUUCAAGGUGGCAGUUGUUGGCGACCGCCCCCGUCUCCCGGACGUGGGCAGCCCGCUGUGUCCCCCCGCGCUGAGGGACCUGAUCCGGGACUGCUGGGCGCAGCGCCCCGAGGAGCGUCCCAGCAGUGGGGAGGUGCUGCGGAGACUGCAGGCCUUGCUGGCGGAAGUGGAGGAGGGGGAGGGGGAGGGGGUUUUGCAGCCAAGGGAUGGAGUGGCCACGAGAGCCGUCGUAGUGGCAGCAGCUGCAGCUGUAGCAGCUGUGGAGGAGGAAGGGAGAGGAGGAGGAGGAGGAGCAGUAGCAUAG